CUCACCUACAACCAGUAUAUCAUUACUUUAAAGAAGAAAAAUAAAAGUAACGCUCCGACCUCUGAUCUCCACCCAUCAGAUCUCCACCCAUCACUACUUAGUGCUUCGUCAUUGUGGCUGCGACACCGCCUCUCAGUGGAAACCUAUCCGACAGUCUCCAACUUGUUCCGAAGGAUAUCACCGGAAUUAUGGCAACAAACUAAAGGUGGAGGAAACACUCAGAGGAGACAUAUGUGUGCUCAGGAUAGAUACGAUAGGAUAGCUGAGGCAAGUGCAGUGAGCGAGGCGGACACUGAGGGCAAGCAGAAGGCCAGUGGCGCUGAGCCCGAACCCGAACCAGAGAACAAGCAGAAUCCAGAGGCGGCGGCGUCCGAGCCGGAAGGUGAGCAGUCGAGCAAGAAGGCCCAGGAGCAGGCCUCUGAGCCUGGGCCUACUGACGUAGCUACCUCCCAUGAGGAAGAGCUGAAGCCUCGUACCCGGACCUCUGCUGGCAAAGGCCUGUCUCGCCUCUUCUCAUCUUUCCUCAAACGGCGCUCACAGUGCUCUGAGGGAGAGGGCUUUGAGGCAGAGAAAGCCAAGGAGGAAAAGGCAGACCAAGAAGAAAAAUCUGAUGAGGCAAAAGAGGGGGAGGAGGAAGAGGUGAAAAGUGAAGAGAAAGAGGUUAAAGCAGAGGAGGAAAAAGCCGAGGUGAAAGAAGUAGAAAAGAAGGAAGAAAAAGAACAAAAAGAGGAGAAGGAGAAAGAGAAGGAGAAAGAAAAGGUUGAGAAGAGGGGCAGUAAAAAGAAAAAGAAAGACGCCAAGAAGAAACAAGAGAAAAAAGAUGAGGAGAAAUUGAAAAGCGGCGAGGAGAAAAAGGAAGAGGAAAAGCUUGCUCAGCGAAAGUAA